AUGAAUAUUUAUAGUUUUCAAUCAUCGAAUAGUCUUGAUCGUUAUCGUCUUUAUUCCAAUGAAGAUUAUUUACAAUUACCUGUUGAAGUAAUUUCACCAUUAAGUAAUAAUACACUUGCAUGCGAAUCUGGUCCGGAUGUUGGUUUAGUUGAUAUUGCUCGUCAUCAAAAAAAAGGAAUUUUAAAAGUGAAUAAUUCCAUAAAAGUAGCUGGUCAAAACAAUUGGCAAAUGCCUAAUGUACAAUUUGCUUGUGGUCUAUCAACAUCACUUUACGAUCAUAAUCCAUUUACAGGAGAAGUAAAUGGUGAACCAAUUGCUGAUUGUUUUGCAAUAUGUGCACAAGAAAAUAAUGCUAUUUUAUCAAUUGCUGAUGGUGUUAAUUGGGGAUAUAAACCACGACUUGCUGCUCGAUGUGCAAUACAUGGUGCGAUGGCUUGUCUUAAUCAGCAACUAUUUGAAAGAAAAUUAAAUACUACAAAAGAUGUAUUCGAACGAAUAAAUGCAGCAAUUCAUGCAGCUCAACAAUUAAUUAUUGAAAAUAACGGUUCAUUAACAACAUUAACUGUUAGUAUUAUUUGUCCAUCAAAUCGUCGAUGGUUUGUUUGUUCAGCUAUUGUUGGUGAUUCGAAUGCUUAUGUUUAUAGUCGAAAACAAAAAUCUGUAUUUGAAUUAACACAAGGAUCUCGUAAUCUAAAUGAUGAGCGUGAUAUGCGUUCACCAGGUGGUGCUUUAGGUAUGACAAUGACUGAAAAAGCUGAUUUAUCUAAUCUUACAUAUUCAUUAAUGGAAAUUGAACAAGGUGAUUUUGUAUUUUUAACAACAGAUGGUAUUAGUGAUAAUUAUGAUCCUUGUGUAAGUGGUUCAGCAGCUAGUGUUAAAACUCCAUUACUUGUUCGAAAAUCAAGUAAUUCAAUAUCAGAUAUACCACUUACAUUAAUGACUGCAUAUGAAAGACAUUCAUAUAGUCUUCGUCGUAUGCAUUUAUCUAUAGCUGAUAAUGAAGAACAAUUGAAUGCUUUAGAUCUAUGUAAUCGUUUAUUACAAUAUGUUAUUCGAUUGACUGCUGAACAAAGACAUAUUAUUGAACAAGGUGUACGUGAAAAUGAAGGUAUACAAGGUUCAGCACGUAAUCAAUUUGAAAUUGACAUGCGAGAUAAAGUUGGAAAAGUACCUGGAAAAUUAGAUCAUGCAUCGAUUGUUGUUUAUCAAGUCAGAUAA